AUGAGGAAACAGAGCACAAUGCUGCUGAAAUUAGACGAUUUCGCCGGCGUGACACCACAGCGGAAAUGGACUCGCUUCGACUACCUGGUCGCCGUGGCCAAAUUUGCCCUCAAGAAGCUACAACAAGAAGAGGAGCAGCAUAACUUCCAUCUCCGCCGCCGCCUCUCCCGUUUGCCUCCUCUGCCACCGACCGGGCACCGCAAGUCGGGCUCUUUCCGUUCGAUUUCCGUCGAACCCAGCAAGAAAAUCGAAAUGUAUGAAACGGGCAAGAAGAAGAUCAGGAAGGGAAAGGGAAGAAAGAACCAAGAAGCGGUUUUUGGCGGGAUGGAUUUUUGCCCGCCGCUGCCUGAGCGAUUCGCGAGUUACAUCGACGAGGUGAGGGGGAGGGAGGUGAAGAUGGUGAUCCAGAAGCGUCUGUCGAGGACUGACCUGGACCAGAGCCAGGCUCGGCUGUCGAUCCCGCGCGGGGCGGUGGAGGAAGAGUUCCUGACGGCGGAGGAGGCGGCGGAGCUGGGGAAGCGGUGGGGCACGCAUGGAUGCCGGCUAGGCGGGGUGGAUGCGCGCCUAAUUGUCGAGCCAAGGGAGAAGGAAUGGCUUGUGCAUCUGAAGCAGUGGGGCACGGUCUUCGGCAGGGGGAACUACGUUCUGACGUCGCAGUGGAACAGCGUGGUGGAGGAAGUGAAGUUUGGGGAAGACGACGCGAUUCAGCUUUGGAGCUUUCGGGUCGGCAGGGAAUUGAAUCUGGUUUUGGUUCGGUUGGGUUUGUGA